AUGAAGGCCCUCGUAUACCAGGGGGAUGGCAAGUGUGGGCUUGAAGACCGCUCCGUGCCAAAGAUCAAGGACCCGUCGGAUGCGAUCGUGAAAGUGGUGUUUACGACGAUAUGCGGGACCGACACGCACAUCCUGCACGGGGAUGUCCCGACGUGCAAACCGGGCACGAUCCUCGGACACGAAGGAGUCGGCGUUGUCGAAGAGCCCGGCUCGGGCGUAGCCCGCUUCAAAAAGGGCGAUCACGUCCUCAUCAACUGCAUCUCCAGCUGCGCAACGUGCAGCUACUGUCGCCGGGGCAUGCAUAGCCACUGCGUCAACGGGGGCUGGAUCCUCGGCCACACCAUCGACGGCACGCAGGCCGAGUAUGUCCGCAUCCCGUUCGCGGACAGUGGGCUGCACCACGUGCCCAAGGGCGUCGACGAAAAAGCUUUGGUGAUGCUGUCCGACAUCUUCCCGACGGGGCUGGAAUGCGGCGUGCAAAACGGCAAGGUCCAGCCCGGGUCGACGGUCGCGAUCGUGGGCUCCGGCCCCGUCGGUCUGGCCGCGUUGAUGACCUCGAAGCUCUACUCGCCCAGUCUGGUGAUCAUGAUCGAUCGGGACCCUAGCCGGUUGAAGGUCGCGAAGAGGCUCGGGGCGGACCGCACGGUCAACAGCGCCGAGACGGACCCAAUGGAAGUUGUGAUGAAACUCACCGACAAUGUCGGCUGCGAUACGGUCAUGGAGGCCGUGGGCGUGCCCGAGACGUUGGAGAUGGCGCAGGAUCUCGUCGCGCCCGGCGGCACGGUCGCCAACGUCGGCGUGCAUGGCAAGAGCUGCGUGUUGAAGAUCGAGAAGCUGUGGAGCCAGAACAUCUCGCUGACGACCAGGUUGGUCGACACGGUCACCACGCCUAUGUUGUUGAAGCUCUUUGCCGCGGGCGGCAUUCAGCCGGGACAGCUGAUCACGCACGAGUUUUCGUUCGCAGACAUGGAACAGGCGUACACGACGUUCAAGGCCGCGGCGCAGCACGACGCGCUGAAGAUGUUGAUCAAGGUGUGA